GUUUGAUGGCAAAUUAUAUAUAAACAAGUACCAGUUGGCGCGCACUGAUUUGAGUUAGAGGUUCCGUUAAGCGGUUUCCGGUCUCUCCAGUUCUUUUCCUCCGCUAAAAGGUUCAUCAUGUCGUCCCAUUUGCAGUGGAUGAUCAUCAGGAACUGCUCCAGCUUCCUCAUCAAGAGGAACGGACAGACCUACAGUACUGAGCCCAACAACCUGAAGUCCAAGAACUCGUUCCGCUUCAAUGGUUUGGUGCACAAGAAGACUGUGGGUGUGGAGCCAGCUGCCGACGGCAAGGGAGUCGUUGUGGUGCUGAAAAAACGCAAAGGCCAGAACAAGCCAAGAAACUCUUACCAGAAGAUCACCAUCAACAAGAACUCUCGUGCCACCCUCAACAGCAUUAGGCACAUCAUUAGCAAGAACCAGUACAGAAAGGACCUGCGCAUGGCCGCCCUGCGUCGUGCCAGUGCUAUUCUGAAGAGCCAGAAGCCCGUCGUGGUCAAGAAGAAGCGCACCAGGGCUGCCAAGACAGCAUAAUGAUACACGUGAUUAAAUAAAAGCUUCUUUGGGAAAAAAUA